UGUGGAUUUUGUGCACGAUCUUUUUUAGGUCAGCUACACUUAGCCAUUUCUGUUGCGAGUUUCGAUUGGUUUUUGCAGCCACAACCGCGCCUCACGGAAGCUGUGAAGUUGUGCUUCUUGUUGGAUAUUUAGGAGUUAUCGAUCUGCGCGUACUACGGGUGGCUCAUCAUAUACGUUUACCUGUGAAGUAAUAAAAUUUGAAGUCGCACCUCGUGGUUCGGGAUAAAUUAUGGCUCCCUCGCUCACCCCGGGCGGCCAGCUGCAGUCUGGCGGCUCUUCCUCGUCCUCCUCCGCCGAUGACUUGUGGGUAAACAAGUACGCGCCAAAAACCUUCGAAGAUGCGGUAGGGAACGAGGAUAUGCUGUCUGUGUUGCAGCAGUACACGCACGAGCCGGAGCAGAUGCCGUCCAUGAUCCUCGCGGGUCCGCUAUUACAGUGAAAAAUGCCCCCAUUCCCAAAGUUGCAAAAAUUUGUGAUGCGAAGUUUCCAAAUGAAAACUUUUUGCCAUGCAUGAAAGGAGUAUGAAUCUUUCUGAUGCAGCAGAGUCCAGGCGUGUAUCGCAUCGCUUGCAUAACAAGCGCCACUCUUGCUGGGGUCUUUUGCAAUUCAAAUUUUUGCUAUUUACGAUUGGAAGCCUGUGAUGCUGAUAGAUGCAAGAGGGCAAAUGUUUCACUUGGAAAGGUUUGCAAUACAAAUGCUCCCAAGUUCGGGGGUGGGGGCGUUUUUCAUUGUAAUACCCGCCGGGGUGCGGCAAGACCACGGCGUUACACGUGCUGGCGCACGCAUUGCACGGGGAGGAGAAGGAGGAAAAUUGCCUGGAAAUAAACGCGUCGGACCAGCGCGGCAUCGACGUGGUGCGCGAACUAAUCGUGAAUUGGCUCAGCAACUUCCGGUUUGAUCUGAUUGGAAAGAAAAAUAAGGCCUACCGCCUUGUCUUGCUGGACGAAUUCGACAACAUGACGGUGCAGGGCCAGGAGGCCCUGCGUAAGGUGAUGGAGCAGUACAGCGACCGCGCACGAUUCGCGCUGGCCUGCGUAUCAACUGCAAAAAUGUCUGGGUCUGGAAGAAUGCAACUUGUCAUGCUAAAUCUGAAGCAUGCAAAAAUCUGUGUUGCAUGAUUACCAAAAGUCGUCCAGUUUUGAGCAAGUCGUGAGGGAGUUUCUCAUGCAGGAUAGGCAUGAGAGAGAUCGCACAGAAUCUGUCAUGCUAGGUCCUGCAUUCCAGACCUCAUGGGUCAUAGGAAAGCUGCAUGACAAAUCGCGCAAUCUUCCAGACCCAGACAUUUUUGCAUUUGAUACUGCAACCACCCGAGCAAAAUUCUCGACGCGAUCAUUAGUCGCUGCAGCGUGCUAAAGUACAGUACGACUCUAACGUAGCGCUAGCUCUCUUUUUAAAGAUGAUAGUUUCAUGUAUGCCUCUCAGUUCCUCUCAACUACAUCGUACACGUAUUAUCGUUUGAUCACUAACUUCUUUUGUCGUUUCCUAUUCUUCACAACAUCAUGAGGUUUGAAAAGAUUGACCACAAGGAGAUCGUGUACCGCAUAGUACAAGUUUGCCGGUGUGAGAAUCUCACCUACGACGCCGCCGGGCUGGAUGCAUUGUGCUUCAUGGCGGACGGUGAUAUGCGUAAAGCGAUUACGAUGCUGCAAGCCGUUGCGGAUCGCGUGCGGGAUGGCGAUGUUCGCGGGUCGCCGAAAAAUAUCGAGCGGGAGCAGCACACGAUUAAUGACGUUAGCGACGAAAACAGGGGGGAGAACGACGUUGUGAUGGAUGAUUAUGCCGAUGGAAAUAAACCGCUGGACGAAACAAGUACGAAAGAGGAUGCUUCGAAAGAAGGGGAUGCGGCUGCGAAAGAAUCUGCUGGUGACGCAGUUGCAACCGGUGAAAUUAUAGCCGUAACAAAGGCGAACGUUCUGCGUGCGUCUGACGCUCCGAACCCGGACUUGCUGAAGUCCUGCAUUAGGAGCUGCCUUUUCGGCCAGGAUUGGCAGCAGGCCUUUUUCCCGGUAUCUGUUAUUCUUCGUACAAAGAGGCUAGGCAUAUAAUGUAGGCCGCUUGAAGGAGACUCUUUGUCCUCUGACUCUGUUAUGAUGAAAAUGAAGAAGAAGAACAAAUUGAAAUUUCAUGCUUCUCUUGUUUUCUAUCGGUCAACAUGUCGUGGGUCACCGUCCUCUCCCUCUUCACAGAUUGUGCGACUCGAGCGCGCCGGCUACCCCCUGCGCGACGUGAUGUGCUGGUUGCAGCGCAUGCUUCUGGAGGACCAGUCGCUCAACGACCUUUCUGACGAUCUCCGGGCGGAACUGGUGAACGAGGUUGCGGACGCGCACGGCAAGAUGGUGCGGUACCAGAAAUUUUCGCUUCUGCAGAUUGACGCGCUUCUCACGCGCCUCCGACUCAAAUACAACCUCCGCGAGAAGCAGGGACUGGUGUGCGGCGGCGAGGUACGUGCGUUUGGGUCGUAACGAAGAAGUACUACAUCGUUCUGGGACCAACUCGCACACAGGAGCUUCAAGUAGAACGCUGCAUCCGCGGGAAGUGAAAGACGCGUGCGGAGCGAUCAUAUGGUGGAAGUAGACACGGCAAAUAAUUCGUUCUGACGACCGCGGAUGAAAUCAGAAAUUAUGCACCUGUGUGCUCGUGCGGCAUCUGAAUGUAGAAAAGAUGCACGUUACGGUCAGAAGUGUUGUCUUUCUCUCCACCCUUGUUGCGUUGUCUCUUCAUGUUCUUCUGUCUCUGCUACUAAGACUCUAAGAUCCACAAACCAAUUUAGUACUUUGACUAGUUUAAGUUUUAACAUUAAGUAAUCGCAUUCGUAAUGGUAAUCGUACUCGUACUCGAUGGCGUAGGACGUAACUCGAUCCCGAACUUCAACUUUCAAGCACGGACGUGAGGUCUGUUCGUGCGACGCCGCAAAAGAACCAAGGUUGCUUGCAACGUGAAAAUGGUACUGCAAAGGUCAGAGCGAGCUACGAUUCAAUUUAUUUUGUUUUACAACUCCAAAUAAA